AUGCGGGAUGGCACUACACUCUACGCCGACAUCCUUCGCCCUACCAGCGGCGAAAAUGUACCGGUAAUCCUUUGUUGGUCCCCCUUCGGGAAGAAGUUCAACGGCAUCAAGUCACUGGGGUUGAUGACGCCCUGGAACCUUGGUAUCCGACCGGGAACACUGUCUGGCCUUGAAAAAUUCGAGGCUCCUGAUCUAGUAGACUGGAUCCCAGAAGUAUACGCUAUCAUCAACAUUGACAGUCGUGGGUCUGGCGACAGCGAAGGGACAAUGGUCAUAGUUGGACAACAGGAGGCCGAGGAUGGAUACGACGCGAUUGAGCAUGUAGCCAAGCUCCCUUGGUGCAAUGGACGCGUGGGACUUGCAGGAAACUCACAUUUAUCAAUCGCGCAGUGGUUUAUUGCAGCUCUUCAGCCGCCGAGCCUCAAGGCCAUAGCUCCAUGGGAAGGUUGCGGUGACCUUUUCCGUGAGCAAUUUGCUCGAGGUGGGAUCUACGCUGGGGAUCUCUUUGACAAUCUCAUCGUCAAAUAUAUGCUUCAAGGUCGCAAUGGCGUAGAGAGCUUCCGAAAAAUGUUCGAGGAGCAUCCACUUGCAAAUGAAUGGUGGAACGAUAAGCGGCCAGAUAUGAGGAAGAUCCAAGCUCCUACAUACAUUACUGGGACGUGGACAAACACUCUGCACGGAAUGGGAGCUAUCAGAGGUUGGCUCGAUAUCCCAUCGCAAGACAAGUGGCUUCGGUGGCACCCCUGGCAGGAAUGGUAUGGCCUUUGGGGGAACCAGCAGGCCAAAGAAGAGCUACAAUCAUUCUUUGACCACUUCCUCAAGGGCGAGGAAAACGAUUGGCCUAAGACGCCUCGCGUGAGGAUGGCGGUCCUCCGCUUUGGGAGCAAAGAAUCGCAGUCAUAUGAAAACAUAGUCGAGGACGAUUUCCCACUCCCAAGAACACAAUACAGGCAAGCCUAUCUGGGGCCCAACAACAAUAUCGUCCUGGACCAGCCGUUGGAAUCAAAUUCAAGCCUAUGCUAUCAAUCACAGUCUGAUGACCAUCUUGAAUUCGUGUAUGCGUUUCAAGAGACGGCACAACUCAUUGGCAUCCCUAAAGCCGUGUUGUACAUGUCCUGUCCAGAUCACGAUGAUCUCGACGUUUAUGUUACAAUCGAAAAGCUGGACAAGGAUGGAAAACAGAUGAAAAACCUCAAUAUCACGUGGGGCGGUAUACCAACCAACUCCUUUGGGGAUAUUAAACCCAAUGAAGAGACAGAGGUAAUCGCCUAUAAGGGCCCCUCUGGCAUCCUACGCGCAUCUCACAGAGCUAUCGAAGAGAAGAGAAGUAUGCAUCCACACUGGCCCUUCCAUCCACACGAUAGGGAGGAGAAAAUCGAACCAGGGACCAUGGUAAGGUUAGAUAUUGGUAUUUGGGCGUUUGGAAUCGAAUAUGAAGCUGGCGAGAGCCUCAGAGUCGUCAUCAGCUGCCGAAAUUGCUCAAUCAGCAACUUUGGGAAAGAUCAUACCAAUAACAAUGGGAAGCACAUACUACAUUUGGGGCCAGAGUACCAAAGCCAUCUUGUCCUUCCUUGUGUGUAG